AUGAAGGUUCACCCCAUUUUCCAUGUGACGCGGGUCAAACCAGUUAAGGAGAGUCCGCUGGUUCCCACAACCAAGCCCUCUCCUCCCCCCCAGUUCUUUGAGGGAGGGGACGUUUACACUGUUAAACGUCUCCUAGCGGCCAGACGGAAAGGCAGGGGUUACCAAUAUCUGGUGGACUGGGAAAGGUAUGGUCCUGAGGAGACACAGUGGGUAUCCACAAAGAACAUUGUGGACCAGACCCUCAUCCAGGACUUCCAUUGUCAGCAUCCCGAGGUUCCUGGGACGUCAGUUAUACUUGGCCCUAAAUGCCUCCGAAACGCAUUUUCUAAUGAUAUAGAAGCUCUGGAUGGCAUUAAUUUGGCCUCCAGCACAAAUGUAAGGAAUCUUGGAGUCAUCUUUGAUCAAGAUCUGUCGUUUAACUCCCACAUAAACCAAAUCUCAAGGACUGCCUUCUUUCAUCUACAUAACAUUGCAAAAAUAAGACACAUCCUGUCUCAAAAUGAUGCAGAAAAACUAGUCCAUGCAUUUGUUAUUUCAACGCUGGAUUACUGCAACUCAUUGUUAUCAACUCUUCAGUUGAUCCAAAAUGCAGUGGCACGUGUAUUGACAAGAACAAGGAAACGGGAUCAUAUUACUCCUGUAUUAGCUGCUCUGCACUGGCUCCCGGUAAAAUACAGAAUAGAAUUCAAAAUCCUUCUCCUGACUUACAAAGCAAUUAAUGGUCAGGCUCCAGCAUAUUUUAAAGAUCUCAUAGUACCUUAUAAACCAACUAGAGCAUUGCGCUCCCAGACUGCUGGGUUACUUGUGGUUCCUAGAGUAUCUAAGAGUACAAUGGGAGCCAGAGCCUUCAGCUAUCAAGCUCCUCUCCAGUGGAACCAGCUUCCAGUUUGUGUUCGGGAGGCAGACACACUCUCCACAUUUAAGAGUAGGCUAAAGAUUUUCCUUUUUUAUAAAGCUUAUAGUUAG